UUUGUUACCGUUCGUUUUUGCCGGAAAAAACCGCGGUCUACGAGCGAAUUUCACUGCAACCCGAGGCUACGUUCAACACAACACUUCUUGUUUUACUUUUCCUGAAACGAAAUCGGGACGGUGUCGCGUUUUCUUGUCGCAGUUAGUGCCGGUUUUCUCCCGCCCAGACGCCGUGCAUCAUCAUUGUCGCGCGUUAUGUGGUCUUCUUAUAACCAUUGUUCCAAACUAGCACACUAUGCGAACUAAAUGCGAUUGAUGCUAAACAAUAUCUCGGCACGUUACCGUCACCGUUGCGAGUCGUGUGCAGAAAUUAGACUCUAGAAUCGAAAUACGCUACCCAGGAAGACAGAAACGGCCGAAGAAGAAGGUAGCAGUGCAGGCUCAAGAAGCAUCACGGUCUUCUUGUGUGUCAUUCGUGCCAGCUUCCUAUCAGUUGGUCAUUUGUCAAGGGAGACGUAACCGACGCAAACCCCGUACUCGGCAGACCGAACUUCGUCCCCACCCACCACCCCCUUGUGUUUACGCCAGUAGUACGAUGCAAGACUACAGCGACCUGGACCGGCAGAUCGAACAACUGAAGCGAUGUGAAAUUAUCAAGGAGCACGAAGUGAAGGCACUCUGCGCGAAGGCACGCGAAAUCCUCGUCGAGGAGGGAAACGUACAGCGGGUUGACUCACCGGUUACGGUGUGCGGCGACAUACACGGACAGUUUUACGACCUGAAGGAGCUGUUUAAGGUGGGUGGCGAUGUGCCGGAAACGAACUACCUCUUCAUGGGCGACUUCGUCGACCGGGGAUACUACAGUGUGGAAACAUUCCUGCUCCUGUUAGCGCUUAAGGUCCGGUACCCGGACCGCAUCACACUGAUCCGCGGCAACCACGAAUCGCGCCAGAUCACACAGGUGUACGGGUUCUACGACGAGUGCAUACGCAAGUACGGCUCGGUGACGGUGUGGCGUUACUGCACCGAAAUCUUCGACUACCUGUCCCUGUCCGCCAUCAUCGACGGGAAGAUAUUUUGCGUGCACGGCGGCCUUUCGCCCUCCAUUCAGUAUUUAGAUCAGAUCCGGUCGAUCGACCGCAAGCAAGAGGUACCCCACGACGGCCCGAUGUGUGAUCUGUUGUGGAGCGAUCCGGAAGACACGCACGGUUGGGGGGUGUCACCCAGAGGUGCCGGCUAUCUGUUCGGUUCCGACGUGGUGUCCCAGUUCAACGCGGCGAACGACAUAGACAUGAUCUGCCGAGCGCAUCAACUCGUGAUGGAAGGUUACAAAUGGCACUUCAAUGAAACCGUGCUAACGGUCUGGUCGGCGCCAAACUACUGCUACCGGUGUGGUAAUGUUGCGGCAAUUUUAGAACUGAACGAAAACCUACAGCGUGAUUUCACGAUCUUCGAGGCCGCUCCACAGGAAAGCCGCGGUAUACCAUCGAAAAAGCCUCAGGCCGACUACUUCCUAUAAGCUCGGGUGUACACUUUUUCUUUUUUAACUAUCCCUCCAUCCGUGUCCCUUUUCGCCCUCGUAGUGAAAAUUAACGCAAAACGGCAAGAGACGAUUGCCAGUAGUGUUAUGAUUGUAAUAUUUUGACGUGUUAAAUAUCCCACGAAUAGUAUAAUCCAUUUUGAAUUACGA